AAUAGCGGUUCAUCGACCCCAACGAUUGCUACAGACGGCGCUGCUAGUACCAUUGCUGCCGCUGCUACAAAGCUGAGUCGGGACAGACCAUGGACUCCCUGUAGGUAUAUCCCCACUAUUUUCCGGGUACGUAGAUGAAAUUGUAUGGAGUGACCGUGUAAAUGAAACCUAUUUAGCAAAACCUUCGUCAGGUACUAUUUCUUUUACAGUAUUUUACAAAGUAGCAUUUUGGAUGUGGUUUCAUUUUUCCCGAUCAGUUUCAUGUUCCCUGUGUUAAAGCAAUUUUUUAAAUUGUCUGGGUUUUUGUAGCAAAAUCAAAGAAGCACCCAGCAAGUGCAAGUAAAAAAGGCACCCCUGGCGAAGAGGGAAGUCCAGCAAGCAAAAUACCUCUUGUAUCCCCGGCACCUUCCGCUGGAGGGGCAGGAGGAGGCUCAAGAACAAGCACCCCAACACCGACCGGUAGUGAGGAAGGCCCUCAGGGAAUCACUGAAGAAGCCGUGAGAAGGUACCUCACAAGAAAGCCCAUGACCAGCAAGGACCUUUUGCAAAAGUUCAAGAGCAAACGAACAGGCCUGUCAAAUGAUGAGACCGUGAAAAAGCUUGCUGCUAUUGUUAGAAAGAUACAACCCGAACAGAAGACCAUCAAAGGGAAACUUUAUCUGUCGCUUAAACCACAGAGCUGA